AUGUCAAGUGGAGAUUCCGAUUCAAAUUCAAUCACAUCACUCAAAGAUAUUGAUGGUGGUGAUACCAAUUCAUUAAAUCAACCGGUAAGUAGAAUUAAAACUACUGGAGAUGGAGAUGAAUUUGUUAUUAUUGGUAAUAAGAAAUAUUAUCGUCAUGAAUUAAUGCAAGCAUUUGGUGGUACAUUUGAUGUUGGAUUACAUCCCCCUCCAAAACUUCAAAUUGGUAAUCCUUCACCAUUAGGUUUAUGUGCUUUUUCCAUUACUACAUUAGUUAUGAGUUUAUAUGGAUUAAAUGUUAAAGAUAUUCAUAAUAGUAAUGUUGUUGUUGGUAUGGCAAUAUUUUAUGCUGGUACUAUGCAAACUUUAGCUGGUAUAUGGGAAUUUUUUGUAGGUAAUACUUUUGCAACAACAACUAUGAUUAGUUAUGGAUCAUUUUUUUUAAGUUAUGGAGCUCUUUAUAUUCCAUCAUUUGGAAUAAUGAAAGCUUAUGCAACAGUUGAUCCAACUUUAAAAGAAUUACAAAAUGCUAUUGGAUUUUUUUUAAUUGCUUGGGCAAUUUUCAGUUUUUUCAUGCUUUUAUGUACGAUGAAAUCAGUUAUUUCUUUAUUUGCCAUGUUUGUAUUUAUUUUUUUCACAUUUUUUUUACAAGGAAUUGGGUUUUUACUUGAACAUCAUGGUUUAAUUAAAGCUGGUAAUGCUUUUGGAAUAUUGGUUACUGCUACUGGUCUUUUCAAUGCUUGGGCCGGGGUCGCUACUACUACUAAUUCAUAUUUUGUCAUUCCUAUUACUUGGUUAUCUAGACAUCAUGGGAAAUGA